GUUUAGCAUUGAUGUGAGCAUGUGAGAUGUAAGGUUGAGUGUUGUAAGGAAGGUGUAUUAAUUAAACGUUAAUUAUGAAUAUCCUGAGCAGAAGUGUAAUGAACAUAGCAAGAGCUUGCAUAGCAAGUUCUACCCAAGGUAGCUCGUCGAGUUUGGCGAAAUUCUACGGGAAUAAUUAUAGUCAAGGAAACAUACUAAAUGCCGCGAGAACAUGUGUGAACACAGCAUUGCAAGGAUUAGAACAGAUCAGAUUAGGGUCCACAUUGAGGCAAAUGAUCAGAAGAAAUGGGCCAUAUAAGAAACCUAAACCUUCGAAGAAUCCUUUCGAUGGCGCGCCAUUUAUGAAAGGUGUUGUCUUGAAAGCCAUCGUCAAGAAACCGAAAAAACCUAAUUCCGCAAAUCGGAAAUGCGUCAUUGUUCGAUUAUCGAACGACAGGGAAAUGACGGCGUAUGUUCCUGGAAUCGGUCACAAUCUACAAGAGCAUAAUAUAGUACUCUGCAGGGUUGGUCGAUUGCGUGAUGUACCUGGUGUCAAAAUAAAAUGCGUUCGCGGAAAGUACGACUUGCCGCAUGUAGCUAAGCGUGAAACAUAAUUUAUAAUUCUAAUUAGUUGUUAUCAAAUUUCAUCUGUUGGUAUCAAACAUAAUUUCUAUCAUCAGAAAAAACCAUCAAAUGUACCACAUUAUUAUGUAUACUUCUAUAUUAAUUAUGUAUAAUA